UCCUCCUCCUCCUCCUUCUCUGUGUCUUCUUCCUCCUCUCUAGAGUUCUCCCACCCCCAACUCUGAUUUCUACUCCUGGAUUCAGAUUCUGCUUGGCGUGACGCCAGCGUUGUCUCGGAUUCCAUUCUGCUACAUGUAUCCAAGUAAUCGAGUGAUUACUGCUGUGAUUUGGCUCUAGAAUUGUGGUUGUUCUGCUGUGAUUUGUGUUGAUUCGAUGGAGAAUAUGUUGGAUCGUGACAAUAUGGUAUCAGAGCAGUCGAUUCAUGGGAUUCCGAUCCGGGAGAUGCAGUGGACGACACAUGGGGGCAGUGACGACUGUUGGGGCCAGGAUUUGAGCCAUGGAGGUGACACUGUCAGAGGCGCCCGCCAGGUGUUCGAUGAAAUGCCAAGCCGGUUAGGAAGUGCUGCAGGUGCUGCACUCCAUGUCCAAGUGAACCACCUCAUCUACCCUGUGUCUACCAAUGUGAUGCAUCAAGUCUUCAACCCCUAUGGAGCAGUGGCGGUGCAGAUGCUUGCGGUCGAUGCAUGGCGUGUGGAGGCAAUUGUUUGGUUUCGGACGACCUGCGACGCAGAGUGGGCUCAGGAUGAACUCCACGGCCGCAAUAUCUACGACGGGGGCUGCGUGUUGGAUGUGCAACAUGUGCCGACCUCGCUCGAAGACAGAGCCGACACUGCGCCCACCAAGUGUUUGAUGCAAGUACCAGGAUGUGCCACCACAAAAUCAGAUACCGAGAGCACUCCUACUACUCUGGAACACGUGUUUCCGGCCACCAUGAGUCUAUCUGCGGCCAAAUCAGCAGUCACAACAACGUCGGUUUCACUCACCGAGGCCAUGGAGGCUGAGGCUAGCAUGGACAAGGUGGUGGAGAACGCAGGCAAGGCCAUUCAAGACCUGUGCACCAGGAUCGAUCGGAUUUUGGAGGCAUUUCACGACACCAAGGUGGAUUUAUCCGAGAACAAGGAUUCCACUAGAGAUGUGGCAGAGUUGAGCGCCAACACUAGUCCAACUACCAUUGCAUUGGAGGUCAGUGCUGAGGCUGGCCCAACUAACCAUGUUGACUUAGCCAAGCUUGGCAUGGGAACAACCAUCGAGUGUUCAAUGAAGGGAAAGAAUCAGUUGGUUGAUGAUGAUGGCAAAGACAUGGCUAACGAUGAGAGAACUGAGCUCAUUGAAGUGGAUACCAAGUUUACUUCUGUGAAUUUAUGCUUCAGAGAUCCAUGGUUAGCCCUCAAUGCAAUUCCUUCCAGGAUCUUGAUUGGGUGUCUGAGCCAUGACCUUGGUGUUAACAAUCUCUCGUUGGUUCCAUCUACAUUGGAAGUGCCUUACCAUUGCUUUGUAUUGGGCUCAGUAUGUAGAGCUAGCUCACCACCAGUACCACUUUGGAGAGUGGCAGUUCCAUGGUACAGCGAUCAGGUCUUUUCAGGUUCUCGGCCCUCGCCAUGGCCUGAUCCAUGGUUGUAUUCAGGCAACGGAAGUGUGGUGGUAUUUCAGCCUCUCCAACCAUGGCCACCCCCUCUACAAGCCAAGAGCAAAGGUUCUAUUGUUGAACGGCAGCUAGAACCGUGGCAUGAUCCUCAAAUAAAACAAGAUAACAGAGGCGUUGUGGUGAAUCUCCUACAACCCAGACUUUCACCUGACAGAUGGAAUGAGUCUUGGUUCAGUUGUGAUAAUGCUUGGGAGUUAACACAAAGUCACUGCAAGCUCUUGCUGACAGAACAUAUGGCCUUGAUGGCGCAUAAUGAAGAGAAUCGCCUUGAGCAGAAUCUGAGUCUGUGCGUGGUGAGCAAAAGGGCAUCAUCUCUUCAAUUCAACGCUGACUUUUGGAAGUCAGCUUGGUGUGUCCAACUUGUGUUCAAGCAAACAUUUGCAAUUCAGAAAGUUAUGUUUUCUAAUGAGGCAAUAAUGAAGUCUUGGGAUCAUGUUGCUGCCAAACGAGACACAGAUUAUGACAUCUCUCCUAUGUUUGACGUCUCUACAAUGACAAGGUUGCUGGCAAGAAUCAAUUUGCUUGAUUCCAAUUUCGGACAGGUGGAUAUGCAGACAUUCCAAGCAAGUGCAAAUGUUGUCACUGUUGUUGGCCUGAAGUACUCUCCUUUGGUGGUUAGAAUGGCCUUUGCUAAUCACCUGCACGCACCCUGGGACCCUGGAGGCAGUAACCUGGACACUCUCUUGCAUGUUAGGAAGGACAGGCAACAACCACAACUACAACCACUGCAAAAUGCCUUUCCUGAUAGUGUGAGGGCGGACAUGAAACCAUUGCUGCAGAUCAUGGCUUUAAUGACAAAGUUAAUUAAACUAUACUCUUGGCCUGCUUCUGGAAGAUGGGGAGAUCAAGUACUAAAUCAAGUUCAUGAAUUGUGCAAGUGCAGUCAAGAUCAGAGCCUAUUCCAGUUCACUAUCUCCACAGAGAUGAAGAUGACAUGGCUUGGGGAUCUUGAGACUAUCAAACCUACGCUUUGCAUGAGUAUCAAGCUACCUGACUGCAGUUUUGGAAGAAUGGAGUUGCCAUGGGAUCCUGGGGGCAUGAAUUUUGUGCCUCAUUUGCACCAGCUUGAGGGCAAGCUGAUUUUCAAGGGGAGAGGAAUGUCAUGUGCUGGACAUGGACUUCACAGUGGGCCGGAUGUGGGUUGUCAUAGGAAAGGGGGCUUGGCCCAGGAGCAAGUCAUCCAGAGUAUAAGUACACACUCCAACAAGAGAAAGGGGGCAAUGAAUUAUUUUGAACCAAUGGUUGCGGCCUCCUCCUCCUCCUCCUCCUUCUCUGUGUCUUCUUCCUCCUCUCUAGAGUUCUCCCACCCCCAACUCUGAUUUCUACUCCUGGAUUCAGAUUCUGCUUGGCGUGACGCCAGCGUUGUCUCGGAUUCCAUUCUGCUACAUGUAUCCAAGUAAUCGAGUGAUUACUGCUGUGAUUUGGCUCUAGAAUUGUGGUUGUUCUGCUGUGAUUUGUGUUGAUUCGAUGGAGAAUAUGUUGGAUCGUGACAAA